CAGAGGAAGUGAGAUCCAGUCACUUGCUGUUUUGGUAGCUGAUCAGAACAGGUCCUGUACCAUAAAACAUCUGUUAGGAUGGCAGGAUUGUUUAGGAUCUGGAUAUUUAAGGUCCUCCUCUUGGGAUCGAUGGAUCCAUCUCAGGCCUCCCUGCGUCCUCGCAUGUCAUUCUCUCAGGGAAGCUCAGAGCGUCUCUUGAGCAUCUACCACAGCUCUGUUGUGAAGAACACCAGCUCUCUGCUGCUCAGCACUGAUGCUGACACAUUAUUUGUUGGCGCUCAGGAUGCUCUGCUCUCUCUGGAUGUCAGUCAACCUGAUAGUAUUACACUCAAAGACAAGUUGGAAUGGGCAGCAUCUCCACAAAAUAUGAAAACCUGUACAGUGGCCUCAAGAAAGGAUUGUGGCAACUUCAUUAGUAUUCUACAGUUUUUCAACUCUACACACCUUUAUGUCUGCGGGACAAAUGCAUAUAAACCACAAGCCCUCAUCAUACCAGCAAGUUCUCUGAGCGCUAGCAGAGAAACAAAGGAUGCCAAAAACUGCUGUCCUUCUAGCUCCACCCAGAGGAACGCAGCGACUAUUGUUGAUGAAGAGCUGUAUACAGCAACCAAAGUGGGCUACUUUGGGGACAAAGUGAUAUCUCGCUGUCACAGCAGAGGAACACGCAAUAACUUGGAGCUUCAGAAUGCACCAAAAUUGCUACAGGAACCUGAAUUCAUAAGUUCAACACAUGUCUCCAGUGAAGGAAAGAUCCUGCUGUUCUUUACUGAGGUUGGGGACUUGACUGGAGACUUAUUUCUGAACUCUUUUACUGUGUCUCGUGUGGCACAGGUCUGCACGGAUGACAUCGGAGGAAGUCUUACCUUACAGAAGCGCUGGACAUCCUUUGCUAAGUCUCAGCUGGUCUGCCAACAAGGGGAUGAGCUCCAGUUCAACAAGCUGCAGGAUAUUGUAAAGUUGUCCCCAGCGAAUGAAGAGUCUCCUGACAAAACCCUUUUCUACGGAGUCUUUACCUCACAAUGGGCAGCUUCAUCUGGUCUGUCAGCAGUCUGUGCUUUCAGUCUAACAGAUAUUAAAGCAGCUUUUUCAGGGGAUUACAAGACAUUCGAUUUGAAUGGAAACCACUGGACACGUCAACCAAAUGUAGAUGGAAAACUCGGCAAGUGUGGAUUAUUCAAUGACAGUGACCGUGUGUUAAACAUUGUAAAAAAGUGCUUCCUGACUGAAAAAGCUGUGCUUCCUGUGGGGAAGAAACUGAUUUUCUCCUCAACAGAGCAGCGGUAUAGCCGUCUAGCUGUUCAGAGAACUCAAGCUGCAAAUGGACACAGCUACACCAUCCUUUACCUGCUCACUGAAUCUGGCUUUCUUCAUAAAGUCGUACUGCUGGAUAAAGGUCCUCAUAUCAUUGAAGAAAUUCAGAUAUUUAAGCAACCACAAACUGUGAAAAACAUCCUUCUCUCUACCAGCAAGGGUGUGCUGUUUAUCGGCUCUUCUGAGGGUGUGUUCAGAGUGCCUGUAUCCAACUGCUCAGCUUAUCCAAACUGUGCAGAGUGUGUGCUGGCACGUGACCCGUUCUGUGGAUGGGACUCAGAGACCAGAGCCUGUGCUUCUGUGUCCAGAAUGGGGUCUAACCUACGGCAGGACGUGGAAAGCGGAAAUGUCAGUGAACAGUGCACAGAGUUCAAAAAUACUGCUGCUACAGUGACACGGAUUGCCCAGUUAAAUGAGAUUGUGGUUCUACAAUGUCACUCAAGGUCGAGACUGGCCAAGGUGACUUGGAGGUUUUUAAACAACAGCAUUGUUCCUCAGUUUCCGUACAUGCAGUGGGCAGGCAGCAGUCUUGUUUUCACCGCCACUCCAGAGACCGUGAACACCUACCGCUGCAUGUCUGAGGAACUGGGCUUCAAGCAAACCAUCGCCACCUUCGCUGUAACUCUCCCUGUCAUGCCUCGUUCUUUCCCUCCUUCAUCACAUCAGCAGCCUGACGUCACCCUGGACUCUGAUGAGGGCACAAAAACAGAGCCCAUUCCUGAUUACUACACAACACUUAAGGUCGAUGAAUCUGAACCUACAAAAGGGAAAAAGAAAGAUGCAUUUAUGACACCAGACAGGACCAGUGAGAAAAAAGCCGGGACUAAUCAUCCAUCUACUAAAAACAUGAACACUGCAGGAAAAGACGGUGUUUGCAUUGCACAGAAGAGUUACUAUACUGGAAUGAUUAUUUUUUGCCUCUUGUUUUUCAUUUGUCUUUUUGUAUUCAUUGCUUUUGUGGUCCUUUGGAGGCGCAGCAUGAGGUGCAACAAAACCACCCCUCAGAAACAACCUAAAGACAAGGAAUCAGACAAUAUCUGGCAAACAGAACUGGAAGAACAGAGAAGCUGAGCCCGAAAACCAGCAGGAUCUAUAUUUGUAGAUUAAACAAACUAAAGAAUAAUUCUUGACCCUUAUUUAGUUUGAAAAAUAAUGUCAUCACUAGAAUGUUACCCAUAUGUAUUUAUAAUCAUUUGAUUUUAUUUAUAAUUUAUGAGUUUAGGUAAUCAUGUUUGUUUUGUUAAAACCCUUUUUUUCAGUCAAUGCUGAAAUCCAAAUUAAGAGUUUUUUUAGGAUUUUAAGUGAAGACAGCCCUGCAUCAUGAAAAAAAUGGCUUGUUUGCAAAAAAGGCGUAUUACAUAAUUUGAUGAUGCCAAGUUAAAAAAAAAAAACUUGUUUUUU